UCCAACACUUGUUUGAAUAGUGCUAGCAAUUUGGCGGUACAGUGAACAGGAAUUUUUCCUCGUGGGUUCACAUUUUUGAUACUUAAGCAAUGGUUCACGGCAAUGAUAUCCUGCACAAUAACCACUUCAGAAAAAAAUGGCAAUUUAUGGUAAAAACAUGGUUCAACCAACCAGCACGCAAAGAACGCAGACGGAAAGCAAGAAAAGCCAAAGCUCAAAGAAUUGCACCGAGACCAGCUUCUGGUCCACUUCGGCCCAUUGUCAACUGUCCUACAUUCCGAUAUAAUAUGAAAGUCAGAGCUGGACGUGGGUUUUCACUACAAGAGGUUCGAGCUGCUGGUUUAAAUCCGAAAUUCGCCCGGACUAUUGGGAUAGCUGUUGAUCACCGUCGACGAAAUGUCUCUGUUGAAGGGUUACAAAGAAACGUUGCUCGACUUAAGGCCUACAAGGCGAGACUUAUAUUGUUCCCCUUAAAUCCAGCGAAGCCUCAAGCCAUGGAUGCAAAGGCUGAUGAAGUUAAAAAGGCAACACAGAUCCGCCGGCCGGUACUCCCCAUAACUCAAAGGACCAAACGAAUUAAAGCUCAUGAACCAACACCGUCUGAACUACGCUACAGCGCUUUCCAUGCCAUCCGUCAACACAGAGCUAACGCUCGGCUCUACGGAAAACGUCUGAAGGCACGUCGAUCAGCCGCCGCAGAAUAACUGUUCUAAAUAAAUUGUUUUCGG